AUGGCCAAGGAGAAGGGCAUGAGUGUAAAGGAUGUCCUGCUAGAGAUGGUCGGACCUGACAAGAAGUGUGGCUUUACGACGACGGAUGGCCCUUGUGAGCUGUACAUCGACGACAAGAUGGUUCUCCACAGCGAUGACUGCGAGUCCGACUAUCCUGGUGGACCCAACGACUCUGGAGAAAUGUCCGUGAUGCCAGUGGACUAUUCGUCGUGCAAUGGCAACUGCAUCUUCAGCAUCUACUGGCUUGGUUUCCGAAAUGCGCAGUGGCAGGCGUACAUCAAUUGUGUGCCUCUUUCUGGAAGUGGGGGGCCGACUAAGCAAAUCCAAUCGAGUGUAAUUUGUUUAUGGGGACGAACUCCACCGAAUCCUCAUUCAGUGGAACGGAAGCACCAAAGACGCAGUCGGAGUCUUCUUUGUCUCAGACGCCAGCAACCGACUAGUCAGGUGAGACGCCAACAACGGAGUCUUCGUCGUCUUUGUGGAUGCGCCUGCCUGCGUCCUGGCCGACAUCAAAUGCACCCAGCGCGUCGUCUCCGCGACAUCAAGACCUAA